CUUCCGUUAUUCUCACCACUGGAACCUUUAUGAGUGGGAAGAUUUGGGUCGGUAAAAAGUCUAUGCCAGCUGGAAGAGCUGGCGAGUCAGCUUCACAAGGAUUGACAGAGAAUUUGCAAAAACUUGGAUUUGAAACAGAUCGCUUAAAGACUGGUACUCCAGCGCGUGUGGAUCGCCGGACUAUAGACUUUUCCAAUUUGGAGGCUCAACAUGGAGACGAAGAGGUCAGCUGGUUUAGUUUUGACCCAGAAUUUCAUAUCGAGAGAGAGCAAAUGUGCUGCUACCUAACUCGCACGACAAACUUAACACACCAAUUAAUCCGAGAUAAUUUGCAUGAGACCCCAACUUAUGGUGGAUGGGUUGAAGCAAAAGGGCCUAGGUAUUGCCCUUCCAUUGAGGACAAGAUUGUUAGGUUCAAAGACAAAGAGUCCCAUCAAAUAUUCCUCGAACCAGAGGGCCGAGACGUUCCUGAGAUCUAUGUGCAGGGAUUUUCAACUGGCCUGCCAGAGAAUCUCCAGCUGCCGCUUCUAAGAAGCUUGCCAGGACUUGAAAAUUGCUCCAUGCUUAGGCCUGCCUAUGCUGUUGAGUAUGAUUAUUUGCCAGCUCAUCAGUGUUCCAGGUCCCUUAUGACGAAGAAAAUUGAAGGUCUUUUUUUCUCUGGUCAGAUCAAUGGCACAACUGGUUAUGAAGAGGCUGCCGCACAGGGUAUUUUAUCUGGAAUCAAUGCUGCCAGACACUCGGAUGGUAAGAAACACAUUGUACUUGAGAGGGAAAGCAGUUAUAUAGGUACAUUGAUUGACGAUUUAGUCACAAAGGAUCUCAGAGAGCCAUACCGCAUGCUAACAAGCCGUUCAGAACAUCGUCUUCUUCUUCGAUUCGAUAAUGCGGAUAGUCGACUCACACCUCUAGGGCGUGAACUUGGAUUGAUAGAUGAUAGGCGAUGGAAGUUGUACCAAGAGAAGCAAGCAAAGAUUUCAGAAGAGAAGAAGAGACUGAAAACUGUUAAGAUUUCAGUUGCUGGAGGUGAUUUGGCUGCUGAAGUUUCUAACGUGUCUUCUCAGCCAGUCAAAGAAUCUGCAACACUAGACAGUCUACUAAAGAAACCUCAUGUCCACUACAAGCUUCUUGAGAAGCAUGGCUUUGGAAAUGAAACAUUAUCUAGAAUGGAGAAAGAGUGUGUAGAGAUCGAUAUAAAAUAUGAAGGUUUCAUUGUGCGCCAGCAAAACCAACUCCAGCAGAUGGUCCACCAACAACAUAGACGACUUCCAGCGGAUUUGGAUUACUAUUCGCUGACAACUCUAUCUCAUGAAGGGCGUGAAAAACUUUCAAAGGUGAGACCAGAGACAAUCGGGCAGGCAAGUAGAGUAGGCGGAGUCAGUCCUGCUGACAUAACAGCUUUGCUCAUAACACUAGAAUCAAACCGAAGGAGAACUCAAGAGGUAAAGAGAGGAAAAAUACUAGAGCAUGCCUUGGCAGAAUCGAGUCCACAAUGGGUAGAAGAUAGAGAGCAUAUGGUUAAUGAGUGAUUAAGAAGUUGUACAGGUUAGCAUCAACAACUCUCCAAGAUUGUACAACCUUGAUUAUGAUUUUGAUCUACCGCCAUUCUCUCGAAUGGCCAAAAAAAUAUUUACUUUUUUUACUUUUGUGUAACCUCGUGGCUGAUUUUUUUUUUGUAUGAUUCUUUCUGCUUAUACGGUUCAAACUCCU